AUAGUUUACGUCAAAUAUUAUUGAGUAGCAGCGGUCGCAGCCACAUCAGCAACCGAGUAGCGUUUUGGUAAAUCCAUCAAAAUAUUUUGUUCGGUGCAACGAUAAGCAUUUAAUAAGUGGUUUCAUCAUGGCGAUAAAACCUGGCAUGGGACGUAAGACCAGCAGCAAAAAUCCACCAAUUUUAAGUCAUGAAUUCGUUAUACAAAAUCACGCGGAUAUUAUUUCCUGCGUGGCAAUGGUAUUCGUUGUAGCAUUGAUGGACGAAUCUACAUCACCUUUUGCCAGCGCGUUUAUUUCACUGCAUCACAAUGUGACUGGUGAGGAGCCUAGUCGGGAAAAUCCUCAGGGUAAGCCAUUUAGCUACGUGGCGGGCAUUAAGGAUUACUGUGCUAUCUUCUUUUAUACAUUAACAUGCAUCAUUAUGCACGCCAUCAUUCAGGAGUAUGUAUUAGACAAAAUAUCGAAGCGGCUACAUCUUUCCAAAUUCAAAUUGACGCGCUUCAAUGAAUCUGGCCAACUAAUUGUCUUCUAUGUGUUCUCAUUUCUGAUGGGUGCAAAUAUUAUAUCGCGUGAGGGAUAUAUGAACAGGUUUGCGCUGCUAUGGAACCAAUAUCCCGAUCAUCCAAUGACUUUUCUGCAUAAACUGUUCUUUAUUAUUCAAAUGGCUUACUAUCUGCACAUGCUGCCCGAACUUUAUUUCCAGAAGGUUAAAAAAGAGGAUCAACAAGCAAUAAUAAUUCAUUCCAUAUCCGGUUUCUCGGCCAUCUGCUUGGCAUACACAUUUAGCUUCCACCGCAUUGCUUUGGUUUUGUUGACAUUGCAUUAUCUUGGCGAAAUUGUGUCGCAUAUAAUCCAACUAAUUGGUGUUUUCGAUCGGGAGGAGAAAUUCGUUAGCGUCCGCUUUUUUAACAAUUCGUCGUUUGUUUUCGUACGCUUUACGACAAUGGUUAUUGCCGUGCUAGUAUUGUAUUACGGUAUUCCCGUGGAGUAUACGAAGCGCGCAAAUGUAGCACUUAUUGGCUUAAUGGUGUUGCAGGGUUAUUUAAUAUAUUCCUUCACCACUGAAGAGCUACGUGCUACUCGCGAGGCACAACGUGAGGCUAAACUAAUACAGCAACAGCAACAUUCGAAGAAACCAAAAGCAGUAAAGGAGAAGGCGAAAAAGAAAAAAGAAAGUGAUCUCCCUGAGGCUGAUCAGAGCCCUAGUCCUGUUAAGUCAAAGGUAAAAUAAACAUUCCAUAGCGAAUGCCAAAUCAACGACGUCCACCAAUAACAUAAACAAUAAAAAUUGAAAUUAGAAACUUUUCGAAACUUACAUGCUCAUUAAGAUAUGCGCAUAAAAUGUCGAAAUUUUCUAACUGAAGAGCCCCUAGUAAUGUUGGCGAGUAUGCUUCCUGCACAGUUAAACACACACACUCACACAUACAUGUCAAAUGGGUAAAAACAUAUGUAAGAUGUUGCAUAUUAAAAUAUGUAAAAUCAUAUUAAUAAUGGAUUGGCAGUGGAAAAGGGAAAGCAAAGAUUGCAUUUACUUACUAUAUACAAAAGUUUCGUUGCAACUCUAAACAAGAAAUCAAAAGCUUGAAGCCACGCUGCCGCCACCGAUGCUGCUGUUGCUACCGCUAAACUUAAGGCAUAUUUUUUCAUAUAAAAUUAGUUAUUUUUGUUUUAUUUUUUAUACCUACUGUUUAAAUGCAUUUUGCAAAAUAAUUUCUAUCGUAAAUUAAAUUACAAAAAACAAAUAAUAAAAAUAUUAAACGAUACUAGUACAAUGAGUGAACUUUUGCUCCUAUCUGAAUAACAGUUUGAAUUUUUGAAUUCAAUAUUUGCCUAAAUUUACGCUAAUGUUUCAAUGAACAAAUAUUUAAACAAAAAAAAUUUAAAAGAAAGUAAUGUAUGAGGAAAAUAAAAAAAAUAUAUACUUCUACACUCCAAUAACAGUUAGACGUUUGAGACUGAAUAAAGCUCAACUUCCAUUAUGAUUGUGGUGCAAGCACUGAACCAUGACAUUUCUAAUAUUAUUAUUAUAAUUACAAUUGCAAUAAAAUUUAGUGUUUAGUUAAAAUGUUCUCAAACAAUAACAAAUUCACAAACAUAAACAAAGCAAAUAUCUGAAUACUUUGAUACUGAAUGAUGAAUUAAAUGAAAAAAUGCAAAUGUUGUAACUAAGUAGUUCUUAAGAGAUUGUAAGCUUGCUUGAAUAUUUUUGUAUGAAUUAUGCACAAAACUAAGCAACAAUAAAAUGUAAGAAAGCAAAAUAAGUUGGUAGAAAUUGCUUUGAAA